AUGUCUUCACGACCUACACCCUGGGCCGAAGACUCACUACAGUACAAAUGGACGUUCGAGCAGGAACUCGCCGGAAAGCCCACCGGCAAAAGAUUUUGGUCCCCGAACAGCCCAAGUGAUGUCGCACGAUGGGAAUGCCAUCCAUUUCUACCUAAUGUCUUCGACGAGACCCCUCCUUCCGCCCACCAUACCCUCCUGCGAAAAGCUUCCAAGGAUCUGAACAACAUGCUCGAUGCGAGGUUCAGCAAGAGCGACAUCGAUAGUCUUUCUGUGGCAGUGGUAACGUCUGCGGGAGCAGUGUUCGAGAACAAUUGGGGCACGACACGAGGGAACGAGAGUACAGGACCGAGGACGACGAGCCAUUCCACGUAUCGGAUAGCUUCAGUCGCCAAGGUUUUUCCUACCCUCGAGGCCCUUAUUCUGGAACAAAAGCAGGCGCUAUCCUGGGAUGACCCCGUCGCAAAAUAUCUCCCCAAGUUCAACUAUCGCCUCGACGGAUUCGAUGAUUCUUACGACCAGACUUCUCGGGAACAAACACCCAUAACACUCUUCCACCUUGCUUCGCACAUGUCCGGGCUUGGACGAGACUGGCCUCCAGGUACUGUGCACAACUGGCCGCAUGAUCUCGCAGGUGCCGGUCCUCCGCCUACCAACGGUCUCCCCUUCCCCACCCAUGACGAUGUAUACGCUGCGACUUCCAAACAUCGCCUCACCUCUUUGCCUAUGUAUCAUCCCGCGUAUUCCAAUACUGGUACCGCUCUGCUUGGGAUGACUGUCGUUGCCGCAAAUCGAGCAGCAUUUGGGCCCAAAGAGCCAACAACAUUUGCAGAGCUUUUACAUCGCGAUGUUCUGGCCCCGCUUAGUAUGAACGACACGCACUUUCUGGCUACGGGUGACAAUAAAGAUUCUGUUGUGGUCCCUUCGUUAGCACCCGAAGUUGCAGAUCAAGACUUCCUCGACGCCAUGAAUCCUGCUGCCGGCCAGUUUUCCUCUCUCUCGGACAUGAUCGCCGUGACGAGAAUGUUCCUCAAUCCUCUGUCUCCGAACAGCCUCAUCACCCAAUACUCGAUGAGGAAAUGGCUGCAGACAGUCCACUCCUUUGAAGAGGAUGAUUGGACAGAGAUGGGGAUGACAUGGGAGAUUAUCAAGCAACAUGACUCAAAUGGCCGACCUCGAAAGAUCUACUGGAAACUUGGUGCCAUGGCCGGCUAUCACGCUGCACUGGCGAUACACCCUGGAACGUCGUACGGGAUUGUUGUACUACUCGCCGGACACUAUCCCGACGCAGCCAAACUCGCCUACGAUGCUUUCGAGAUUUUCCAGCCUGCCAUUGACGGAGCGCUCGCGGGUGUAUCUUCUGAGCUGUACGGCGGAAAUUGGGUUUCUGGAGACACAAACAGUACAGCAACCAUUGUCGUUGAACGGGGCGUCGUAUGGGUGAAGUCUCUUAUCCUCCAGGGGGUUAACGUCCUACAAAUAUUUGGCUCACCUUCGGGUCUGGCGUUGCGAUCCUCUGGUAGGCGAGAUGAGUUCCGUCUGGACACCGGGAUCCCUGGCUACAACGGUGCUCGCCACAUGGCGUGCUAUCCCUACUGGAACGGACAGGAUCUUUGGGGCACUCGUGAGAAUGCUGCCGUCAAUGUAUUGCAUUUCUCUGGAUCAGGGAACAGGCGGGCGUUACACAUUCCCUCGUUGGAGUUGAAGAUGCGGAGACAGUAG